AUGGCGAAGAAGUCCGUCUACGAUGGCGAGGAGCACGGGCGCUUCAUGGAGAAGCUCGACGCUCGCAUCCGGAACCACGACCGCGAGAUCGAGAAGAUGUGCAACUUCCACUACCAGGGCUUUGUGGACGCCAUCACGGAGUUCUUGAAAGUCCGGGCCGAAGCCCAGAAACUCAAGAACCAAGUGACGGACACGAACAGAAAUCUGCAGAUGGAAAGCAAGAAGCUGGUGGGAGCCAUGGAGGAGCUGAAACAGUGUCGCCUCCAGCAGCGGAAUAUUUCUGCAACCAUGGAUAAGCUGACGCAGUGUCUUCCUGCUCUGGAGAUGGACAGCAAGCUGAGAGAGCAGAUGAAAUCUAAAAGACACUACCCUGCUCUGAAGACACUGGAGCACCUUGAGCACACCUACCUGCCGCGGGUGAGCCAUUACCGCUUCUGCAAGGUCAUGGUGGACAGCAUCCCCAGCCUGCGUGAGGAAAUCAAGGACGUUUCCAUGUCCGACCUCAAAGACUUCCUGGAGAGCAUUCGCAAGCACUCGGACAAGAUUGGCGAGACGGCGAUGAAGCAGGCCCAGCUGCAGAGGAACUUGGACAGCGUCGUGAAAAAAAAACGGGGUUUUUUCCGAGCUUCAAAAUUUCUGGAAAUUUUACAUUUCUACCCAGAGCGCAAGAACAGCAGCCCAGUCUCCGAGCAGGAUUCUGGGAUCUUGGACGUCGAAGAUGAAGAGGAGGGGGAGGAGGAGGAGGUGCCAGGAGCCCAGGAGCUGGUGGAUUUCUCGCCUGUGUACCGUUGCCUGCACAUCUACUCAGUGCUG